GUUCGAGUUACCGAGGGUAAAAUUACAGUGAAUGUAUGACGGAAAUUCAGGGGAAAUCGAUUUUGGUUCGCGUUAGCGAGGGUUCGAGUUAUCGGGAGUCGACUGUAUGUUUAUGAUAGGACAAGCAUGAAAAAAGCCAUCCCUAGGGGAUCGAUCGAUCAUUGUUUUAUCCUUCUCAGAAUUUCGCAAGCUUGCUCGUUUAAAGCAACAUCGUGUCGUUGGAUAUUAGUAAAAAAGCAUCCCACGUUAAAUGCUUACUUUGUCGCCCAACCUCAGAAAUUUGUAUGGUCUAGUUGUGGAUUGUUGAGAAAGGGUUUCUACCAAAGGUUUGUGUUAGUUGAAUUCUUCAAUUUGCCUACACGCACAAUCAACUGCCCUUUGUUUUAAUGCAAAGUUUUCAGGUUAUGUUAUGGGCCAUGCUUUUUGUUUUUUUGUUUUCUGAUCUCUUCGUUUCCAUAUAACUUUGCGCCCCAAUGAUUUUCUUUCCAGGGAAACGAGACAUUCACACUGACAGCCUGGCAGCCAAAAACGUCAAGAGUCUCCCCACCCACAAACCUCAAUCAAUUUCCUUGUGACUCGUGAUUUUCAUCUUCCAGCCCCGUGAGCGAUUUCAUCAGAAGAAUCUCAAACCCCAAGCCACCCUUCACAAGAGUAUUGUCAGUGAAUCAUCAACCAGAAGCCCGACGCAAUCAGUGGUCAGCACUUGAAGAGUAUACUGUGGCAUGAACAAGAACUGCAUAAAGACACUGAGCUGAUACUGAGCCCUGCUCUAACUGAAAGCACACGUACAGCACCAUUGCAAAAUUUGAAAUAUAGCCCAUAGCCAGGCCCGUGAGAGAAAAGCAAUGUCAGAAUCUGGCAAGAGUGAUCAACAGGAUCACGAAAAUAUGCUUACAGUGAUGGCAUUCUUCGCAUGUGGAACAUUAAUUUACAAUGGUUUUUCCUUAUUCAUUACUGCUGCCCAAGAUAUCUUAGCUGGUACAUAUAUUCAGUCUUCCAUGGUUCUAAUUGCGUGUAUAUUGCCGAGUUUUGUUUUCACUUUAAUUGCACCUUAUUUCGUGCAGAAAAUUUCAUACUUUGCUCGGUUUAUCACGGUUGGCUUGGCAUUACUCUGUGGUCUACUAAUUCUUGCUCUAGCCGAACAAGUUUAUUGGAAACUAAUAGGCUUAGGAAUAGCUUCAGUGGGCUACAGCAUGAGUGAGAUGACAGUUUUGGGUUUAACUUCUUUUUAUCGUGAAGUCGCCUUGACUGCCUUUUCCGCUGGAACAGGAGUAGGUUAUGUGAUAACACCCUUCUACUACACAGGUAAGAUCUGAUUGCAUUAUUAUUCAUUCAAAAUAUGUCGUCGUUUCUGAUUGGCUCCAAUCUCCCGGGAAAUUUUUCAUAACCAACUAAGAACUUACCAUAUUUGGAAUUGAUUGGAAACGAGGCUGCUAAGGCCACAGACCAUCGCCAAGCCGCCAAAAAGCUGUUUGUUCACGAGUGAACUAAAAAAAAUGGCGUUGACGGCUAUCCGAGGACGAAAUAGCUGAUUUCUGACCAAGUCUGAACGGAAGAAAUACAAGAAUAGGCAGAGGAUGUUAUCCACGUGCACCUCGGCCUUCAGCCCUCUGCUGAUAACAUCCUCAGUCCUCCAUCUGCAUCAUUUUUGACAUCUUACUAAGCCUCAUUAAAUAAUCGUUAAGCAGCUGUUCAUAGGCAAAGUUGCUGUCACGCUAUUUGCUAUCUUUUUAAAAAGCUGAAACGUUUUUGUAUCACUUGAUGUAAAAAAAAUGCAUGUACAGAUUUGAUCAGUUUUUCCUGGCCUUUUUUGCAACGAAUGAAAAGAAUGGACACGGAUUGAAACUUAAUGAAAUAGUUGCUCCAAAAAAUUAUUAUGGUUAUUGCUCCAUGAUGAAAUUUUCUUAAUAUCUUCUUCAAAAUUCUUCAGGUCCAUUCCUCUUGUGUAUGGGUAAAGAUACCAAAUAGUGACUUCAGCACAGAAUUGACCUUGCACAGCUAUUUAUCAUCGUACGUCACAUAGCGCCUUUUAUAACAGCGUAAUUUUAUUUGUCAGAAGGUAUAAUGAACGUCAAUGAAGUAUCUGCAUAUGAAGUUGACAUUGAAGGGGUCUACAAAUUAAUUUAACAAUUAAUGAAUGAGGCUGAGUAUCUUAUGAAGAAUUAUGGAGAUCGAGGAGGGUGUUAUAUCCGUCGAGGCCGUAGGCCGAGGUGGAUAACACCCUCCGAAAUCUCCAUAAUUCUUCAUAUGAUACGAAUAUAAUAAUAUAAUUGUUUUAUUAUUCAGUGAAAAUAAUUCCUAAUUUAAAAACAUGGCUAAAACAUGCUUACCUCCAUCGAUCCAUCCAUUUUAAGUUCAUCUUCGAUAGUGCACGUUUAGGGUUGUUCAGCACCGCAAAUAUUCUCCAAAUAGCAGAUGUCGCCCUUCGAGUUGUCUUCUUGCUGUUCUUGCCAUGUUUUUAGCUAUUAUUUCGCCUAGUUCUUACUCUUGAAACGAAUGAAAUGUCCGCCAUUUUUGUUUCCACAACCAAAACAACUCAACCCCGUCCCUAGGAACAACUCGUAUCCUAACAAAUGUUGCUAGCGCGUUCUUGUCUUUUAUCAAAUCAUGGCAUGACGUUAAGGUCUCUAAAUAAAGGCCCCGAGGGGGUGUCUCAUUUUUUGUCUAGGAUUACUCUGGCGCAUCGUUUUUUAAAUUGAUUACGUCUUGGACGUGCGGCUUCGGUUUGCUUCAUGACCCCAAGACAAUAACCCCCGUAGUCAAGUAUUAGCUGCAUAAGUGAGUUGUAAAACAAACUUCUCAGCUUUCAGUCACAGAAAUGUAUCUGUUCUUUUCAAAAGGCGAAGUCGCUUUCCUAUAUUCGAUACCGUUGUUUAAAAACAGUUGUCUAUCUUUAUGCCAGGUAGUUUAGUAUCGGCUACAGAAUCAAGCUGAACCUCAACUGUUCUCACAUUAAGAUUUCUGCCGUUCAAGCAAUUAGCCCCAAACUUAUGCUGUAGACAAUCGCUUGCAGGGACGAGAAUCAUCAACAAACGCAAACGCAAACACAAGUUACAUAUGAGCCUCUGGGAACGAAAACUCGAACCCCUAUGUGGAAGACGAGCUCAGAGCACUAGCCUACUCACCAAUUAACCGACUGCUGCUUCAGCCACGAACACUGAGAUACACUUUAGAAAAUAGAAGUAGUUGAUUAUGUAACUGAAAAGGAAGCCGCGUACUUACCACGGAAACUGCGAGGUACUGUUCUCUGUGACGAAACCAGCAGUCAAAUGAAAGUUAUGCUGUUUGUUAGCUGUAAUCAAUGGUCAAUUUUCUGUACGUGUCAUAGAACCUUGAAAUCUCGACAUUUUGACACUUUUUCAAUCGUGAGGUAAUGAACCGUUCACCUGCUAGAUCAUUCUUUCUGUUGACAUUUGCUUGAAAAAAACAAUCUUUGAUCCUAGCGCACUUGUAAAACGGAUUAAAGAUAAGAAGGCAGUCUUUCCCAAGUCACUGAUAUCGUAUCAGAGGAUUAUAGUUUUUGUUUGAUAUUAGUCAAAAGUAAAUCAGCUGCGGUAAACUGAAGAUACAGUCCAGUUCAGAACAUCAGGUUAAAUUUUCAAAGCUAUUCCCGGCAUUGGUUAGGGUUGGUCACCCAGUGAAGGCCUUUACAUAAUGGAGACCGCAAGAAAAGGAUGGGGCGUUUUGUGUAUUUUUAGAGUCGGGGGUAUUCAUUUUUAGAGCCUAUUAAAAGCCAUCUGUGCAUGAGUUUAAAAAAAAGCCAUCGUUCAUAAUUUUUCCAAAAAACUUUUAUCAUUAAAUAGUUUGGAAAUGAAUGAACUGACGAUGAAUGGCGAGAUUUUUAAUUUUAGACCAGAAGUCACAUUCCCAUGAUUUUAGAAAAAGACACGUCAUCCUAGCCUGCGAGCAAGCUCUCCUAUUUGGGCGAGUGAAAUGAGUCUCGCGAGAACGCGCGAGCGACUGGCGAAGCCCCUCUCUCGCGCGUUCUCGCGAGGCUCGCUUCGCUUGCCCAAAUACGGAGACCUUGCUCGCAGGCUACGUCAUCCAUGUUCACUGAACUCUGCGGUAGCAGUCACCUGAGUUUGACUUUUGGGAGCCUGUUGAAUAAAUCUCAACAAUUCGUUCGAGAAGAAAUAUCGUAUGUUUUCCUGACAGUGGCGGAUAACCGUCGAGUCAGAAACUCGGGCAUUCACGUAGUUGUUGAUUAUGUAAGCUUAAAUGAUUUUUAUUGAGGGUCGCUGACUGGAUUCAGCUGUACGGUGAUGCCCUUCAGACCUUCUCGAUUUUCUAAACAUCAGCCGAAGCGGGGUAAGUCUGUUUUGGGUUCCUUUGUAUCAUCUUUAAAUGGAUACCUAUUAUUAUUUUAGCGCAAAAACGUGUUAAGGUCGACACCGAUCACUCGAACAUUUUAUAAAUUCUCAAUAACUGCUAAUUGUGUGAAAGUGUAAUGUUCAUGGAGAAUGUUGAUGGAGAUCACUAUUUCUUAAGCCUGAUCGCCCUGAAACAGUUCAGUCACAGUUCAGUUUUUAAGGUGGAUUGUAAUGGAUAUUUUUACACUGAUUAAAUCUGUGAAGUUAAUUGUUUUAAGGGUACGAGGAGUGUAACCACAUGAAUCAGAGAUUUUUAGUAAACAAAGUAAUUGCACUUUUGAGCUUUGGUCAAACUCAGGUGGUUGUGAGUUUUAGGUUUAAUGUUUAGACUAUCAUGUUUGUGUUUUUGCGGUGAUGCGAAUCUCAAUUUGAAAUGCCUGUAUUUGUUUUUUUUUUAAGUUUAAUGAUGGGAAUUUGCGCUUUAAUUGAAAUCGAGUUUUUUUUCUUUUGCCAUGAUUUAAAGGUACUUGAAGUUAUUCAUAACUUGUGAUCAAUAAUAGAUGGUAUAAUUGUUAAGAACUUCCUUGAAUGCAUUUGAGUGUUGUUGAGAGAAGAUGGUGAUGACCAGCCUUUAAUUUUACAAACAAAACUAAUCCUAAAGGAAACAUUGGUGAUAGUGCAUGUCCAACAUUAAGUAAAACAGUUUGGCCUUUCAGAUGCAACAGAGCAGCUUAGCCUUUUGAGGCCGUGGCUCUGUGAGAAUUUUAUUCUCCAGGUGUCUCAGACGGAAAUAAAAAAUAGCUUUAUCUUUAAGACAUUGUUUAAGUGUUUAGUUCCCAGUAUUGUAUCGUGUUGCUCAAGUGCUCUUUCAAAUAUUGCAAGUGUUUCGCUUACAUUUGAAGUGAGGCCUUUAAAACUAACGCGUCAAUUUUAAAAGCUUUUGCAUAAGUCAGUUUCCGUUUGGCGGUUAGUGUUAGUUGUGGCCUUGAAUGAAGAUUCCAUAAAAAGGUUGCGUUUACAUAAAAUUAUGGAGAUCUUGUAAGCACGAAUUGAAAUAUAUGAAAUGAUUCAUAAAUUGUUUUGAACUGCGGAUGAAGGUAUGAAAGUGAACAUGAUCAUCGCACACUUAAAAAAAAACACUCCUGUUUAGUUGCCCUGGCCUUUUGGAAACCUAAAGAAUGACCGUUUAGCAAUAAAAAACCCAGAUAUGAUAUGUACCUACUAACAAAUGUUGCUAAAACUCAAGAUGUCCCGCUGGACGGUACCAUUUUCUCCGGUAAUACCGGCCAAAAGGAUAGGGCCACUUUUAUGAAUAAAAUAUUCCUAUACAGAUAUCCUAAGCUUGUAGAAACCUACAGAAAUCAAGUUCUACAACACCGUUUAACAGUAAAAAACCCAGAUAUGAUAUACCUCCUAACAAAUGUUGCUAAAACUCAGGAUGUCCCGUUGGACGGUACUAACUAGGUUCAUGUGACAAACAUCAUGCGUACUGCUAAGACUAUAAUCAGUCGAUAUGCGCUUAUGCGUAAUUGUAAAUUGUAAUUGUAAUUGUAAUUUGUUUACCUACGGAGCACUAAGGAGUUCAUAAGAACUCGUUGAAACGUGUCCGUACGUUCCAGAUCUGAUUGGAAUUUAAAAGUGUUGGUUUUUAAGGAGAGGGGAAAACCGGAGUACCCGGAGAAAAACCUCUCGCAGCAAGGGAGAGAACCAACAAAAAACUCAACCCGCAUAUGGCGUCGACGCCAGGAUUCGAACCCGGGCCACACUGGUGGGAGGCGAGUGCUCUCACCACUGCGCCACCCUUGCUCCCCAAUGAUCACGUUUUUUACAAACUUUCCAUUGUUCUCUGUAGCUUUGACAACAUGUGUGUCUAGGGAGCGGAGGCCGUAAACCAGGUUCACGUGAAAAACGUCCAUAUACUGCUAGGACUAGAAUCAGUCGAUACAGUAUAUAUGACCUUAUGCGCAAUCAGUAUGAUUUUACUAACCGGUUUUCCAUUGCUAUCGAUCUGUAGCCUUGACAACAUGGGCGUGUGUGUCACCACAGAUCGCGAUUGUAAUCAUGGCAGUCGUCUCCCUUCUCAUUCCUGCCUGUUAUUACAUUAUGGACAAGAAACACGUGAAGCCUCCCAGUCCCUCAAGUGAAAAACACGCCGGGGUAGAGUACACUGCACUGGACGCUAACAAAGGUAGCUAUGAAAUGCUGAACUUGCUAAUAUAAUGCUAAUGAGGUGAUUUACAAGAGCUGAUCUAGACAGGGACCGAGGGGGCUGAAGGGGCCGAAUAUCUUUAUGAUCUAAAGAAUUCUUUGUGAUCUGUCCUCUAGAGCCUUUUUGCAUUUAAACGCUCUCAGAGUAUAUUUUGUAGCUAAUUGAAAAGACCAUUGUAGCUGGAAAAUCCUUCAGUUUUUCUGGAUCCGUCCCCGCAUGAUAUACCUCGAGGGAUAUCAUUAGAUUAGAUCGUCAGAAUGUCCGUUGCAUGUCUUUGACACUCGAUUUGAUUUUACCCAUUUUUUGACGGAAUGGAAUACGGGAAAUGUUUAUCACAAUAUUACCCGGUCUUUUGGCCAGUUAUUUUCUGUGAAUAUGAAACUGGGUUAAUUUGGUUGAACUGGUGUUUCAGUGUAGUUUAAUCCGGUAGACCAUAACAUAAUUUUGAAAUCCGUCUUUCAACAGAGUAUGAAUGUGAAGAAUUGGACAGUCAAAGAGAUGACAAAAAUAAUUCAAGAGACUACCACCUUUCAGUUCAAGAAAAAUUUGCUGUUAUAUGGAAGAUGCUGCCUGAUUUAAUAACAAUUUAUAUUGCCUGGUUCUCAGAAUAUCUCGUUUAUGUGUCCAUCGUAACAACACUAGCAUUUCCAAACGCUCCGUUUAGUACACGUGACCAUUAUCAGUAUUAUAUAUUUACGCUCACGGGCGGCGAGGCGGUUGGAAGGUCCUAUCUUGUGAUUUUAUCAUAUAUCAAAGCUGAGUGGGCUGAAAAAGCUAAGAUCCCUUGUCUAUGGGGUUUGGCGAUCAUCCAAGUUUUUCACCUUCUAUUCUUUAUCCUGGCUGUCUGGUACCGCUUUUUACCCAGCGUUUGGAUCAUUUUACUGUUAUCGUUUUCCUGCGGAGCCGGGGUCGGUGUUUUCUACGUCAAUGCAGUAGCGGUUUUCAAAGUAAAGUUUGAAGGACCUGAAAAGGAGUUCGCCAUGGGGUACUUAAUAGUGGCUAUAAUUGCAGGUGAACUUGCCGCAGCACUUCUUGGCCUCUACAUCGAGCCAGUUUUACGAGAACACUGCACCAUGAUCCUGAAUAACACUGGUCUCUGUUUUACGAGAUCACAUUCCAGCUAUCGCCUCUCCUCAUCAUGUCAUGUAGACAACAGCUACCGUGUUGAAAUCCCCAGUUAA